AUGUUGUGUGACGACCCUGAAUGUCUCUGUCACCCACGCCCAAAGAAACCAUUCCCGAAGAUUGAACUUGUUCUUCGUGGGUCCAAUCCCGAGCAGUUCUGCCGUCUGGACCAGCCAGGUUCACAGCUCGAUGUUGUUUUUGAUCUGAUAGGGAACACCAUGAUCCUGCGCGAGAUAACAGAAGACGCCAAGUACCGUGGCGCGUCCUACACCAUUUGCCUUAUGAUCGAGUUGAAGAACAUGCGUUUUGUGAACCUGGAAGGACUCCCGGACAACUCCCUGCUUCUUUCUUUCCGGAUGCGCAGCUCAGCCUGUGCUGUGAAGGGAAGCAAAAUGAGGGUGAAAGAAAAGUACCAUGGAUUUUCGCCAGAUCCCCCUAACAGCCGCCUGUACAACGAUCUUUACUUGUGCGAUUGGGCCCAGCAACACCUGGAGCUGCUUCUGCCGGCAGAUCGAAUUAAAGGCUGGAAAACGGUGGCACUCAUUCUCAAGACCUUUGAGAGAAUCACAGGAGAUAACUGGUGCCAUAUGGUUCAUCUGAAGAAGACGCCAUGUGUUGCAGGCUUGGACUGGAAAGCUUUCGAAGGUAUCCUGAUACCUGACAAGGAGGCUUCGUCUCCUGAGUCGACUCCCGGAGAAGAAAAGGUGAUUCAGUUCCUGGCAGACGAGAAGAAGAACAAGAAGAAGAAGAAGGUGGAGGAGGGAAAGAAACUACUGCAGGGGUGA